CCUCAACGCCCCGGACACGGCAAGGAUUGCCUUCCCUGGACCUUUAUCGCCCGACCUGAUUCUUUCGUCUCAUCCCCCAAACAUCACCUCCUCUCUCGAACAUUCCUCUCAAUACGGCGGCGCCUGAUUUACCCUGUCAACGACCCGAGGAGAAGCCAUGAUCAAACUUGAACUUGAGAUUCUCCCACGAACCGGAACUUAUCGACGCGUGGGUGGAAAACGCGGAACAGAAUGGUAUUUCCCCUACCAUGAUACUGUCAAUACAAUUCAUCUGUCGGGCGAAUGGAGUCCGUUUCGACAUGCGAAAUAUAUGUGGAAGAAGGGCACGGUUGCUGCGAAGAAGGCGGAAGCGAUCAGGAAGGAGGAGGAGGAGGAAAGCAUCAGGAAUGAGGAAGCCAAGGUUACACAAUUGGCUAAGAAGAAGAGCGAUGUAAAGGAAGAGCGAGCUAAAGUUGGAGAGGCCAGGAGGAAGAAGAUUCGGCUGAAGAGCAAGGUAAACAGAGUUAUAAGGCUGAAAAGUGGGCUCGAGCACAAGAGAAUCUAGCGUGGGAGGGGAGACGAUAGAAUAAUGUUGGAGAAGAGGAACCGGCAGGCAGGGAGAAGCCCUCCCAGAAUGACGGUCCCUCGGCCUGAAC